AUUUAAGUAGCUCGUCGUCGGUCUGUUUACUUCAAUCGACUUCAGUUUCAGUAGACGUUCAACGAUAUUGACAUUAAACGAUGACGUCAACGGGAAAAGGUUUCGCGACGAUAGCUAUCCAUGCCGGGCAAAACCCUGAUCAAUGGAGUCAUUGCUCGGUUGUACCACCUUUGGUGAUGUCGACUACUUUUAAGCAGGAUGAUCCAGCACCAUCUGGAGAAUAUUUAUAUGGCAGAAGCGGUAAUCCCACGCGUAACGUUCUGGAGACAUGCCUGGCUGCUUUAGAGAAUGGCAAACAUGCCUUUUGUUUCUCUUCUGGAUUAGGUACCCUUACUGCUAUUACAGGUUUAUUGAAGGCAGGAGAUCAUUUGAUUGUCGGAGAUGAUCUUUACGGUGGAACCAACAAUUACAUCCGGAAAUUUAGUAGCAGACAGAGCAUGACAUAUACCUUCGUUGAUAUGACUGAUAUACAAAAUGUUAUAGAUGCCAUACAGCCAAAUACAAAGAUGAUAUGGUUUGAGACGCCGACAAAUCCUCUGCUGAAACUGACAGAUAUAAAGGCUGUUGCUGAAAGUCUAAAAUCUCGUCAGACAUUAUACUAGUAGAUAAAAUCUCGUCCAGACAUUAUGCUAGUAGUUGAAAAUACAUUUUUGACAUGUUACUUUCAAAAACCUCUUGAUCUUGGUGCCGAUAUAGUGAUGUAUUCAUUGACAAAGUAUAUGAAUGGCCAUACGGAUGUGAUUAUGGGUGCCGCUAUAACGCGCCGGGACGAUCUCGCGCAGAAAUUGCGGUCCAACCAAAUUGUCAUGGGAAUUGUUCCAUCACCAUUUGAUUGUGCCUUAGUCAAUCGUAGCUUGAAAACGCUCGAACUAAGAAUGCAGAAACACAUGAAAAAUGGAUUAGCCGUAGCUAUGUUUCUCGAUUCUCAUCCUAACGUCGAGAAAGUGAUUCAUCCACUUCUCUCGUCACAUCCGCAACAUCAGCUUGCACUAAUUUUAAUGUCGCACCAGUCCGUGCCGGAAGAUAUGCGAGCAAAGUUGGGCAUAACCGAUCAACUAAUUCGAUUAUCUGUUGGCCUUGAAACCGAAGACGAUCUCAUAGCUGAUCUCAAACAAGCAUUAAACGCUUGUUAAUGAAUUAA